UUCACCCCCAACAAAUAAUAUUCAAAUUUAAAAAGUACCACUCAACAGUUUCUAGCCGUUAAGAACCAUAACAUCAUCUUUCUCCUCUUUCCCCCUCAUCCAUCAAGACAACAAUUUUACUUACUAAAAAUCCAAGAUUUUUGCUACCCAAUUUCUCUCAUUGAUAUUAAAUUUUGAAUCUUUUUCCAAACCCCAUUUUUCAGAAUUUGAAAUCUGAAAAAAAAUUGUUGAGAAUUUCAGGAAAAUGAAGACCAUGAAAGGAAAGCUACUCAAGAAACUGAAGACAAUCAAAACAAUUGGGUAUUUGAAACCAGAAAGAAUCCUUCAUUCAAAUGCAUCAGAUGGUUAUAUUCAGUAUACUUCACCACCAAAAUCAACAAAUUCUCAGUUUCAUUGUCACUCUCCAUUAACACCUAUCCAACUCCAUAAAGAUCCCAAAAAGAAUGUUGUACAAGAUCAAGAAGCUGAGAUUAUUGAUGUUUCUGAGCUAAUGAAAGACCUCGAAGAUCAAGAAAUGGAGGUUGAAGAAGACGAAAUCGACGAUAAAGAGAACAUAAGACCUGUUACAAAUGUGAAAAAGUCUCAACCUUUGAGAGAAAAUGUUGAGAAUUGUAGCCCAUUGAAGCCAAAAAAUGAGAGUUUUGAUGGGAAUUCUUUUACCCCUUUAUUGGACUUUGAGGUGUUGAAUUUUAGGCGGCCUGAUUUGGAUUCGGGUAGCCUUUUUGAUCCAAAUCUUCUUGCUGCAUUUGAGGAAGCAGUCAUGGUUGUUAAAGCUCAAGAAGCAGAGAGAAAAGCCAAGAUUGAGGAAAAGAUUUUCAAACCCUUAGAAGAAAGAAAAGAAGAAGAAGAUGAUGAAGAAAAGGAACCACCUUUAAAAACUCGAAAAAUCGAGGAAACUAUAGACCCCUUAUUGGAGUUUGAAGAGAAGUGUCCACCUGGUGGAUGUGAUUCAGUGAUUCUGUACACAACAGGUCUUAGAGGGAUACGAAAAACGUUCGAGGACUGUCAUAGUAUUCGGUUUCUAUUAGAGAAUUUUCGUGUUAUGUUCUUCGAGAGGGAUAUUUCGAUGCAUUCUGAGUUUAAGGAAGAGUUAUGGAGAAUUAUGGAUGGGAAAGUGGUGCCACCAAGGUUGUUUAUUAAAGGAAGAUAUAUUGGUGGAGCUGAAGAAGUAGUGACAUUGCAUGAACAAGGGAAGUUUAGGCCACUUCUAGAAGGAAUUCCUAUUGAUAAUUUUCAAUGUCCAUGUGAAGGGUGUGCUGGAAUGAGGUUUAUUAUGUGUUUCAAAUGCAAUGGCAGCCAGAAAAUUGUUGUUGAAGAUGAGAUUGAGUCAAUGAAAUGCCCUGAAUGUAAUGAGAAUGGAUUGAUUGUAUGCCCUUACUGCUGUUGAAAUAAUACAAUUGAUUACAACAACAUACUCAGUGUGACCCAUGGGGUCUGGGAAAGGUAGGGUUGGGGGAUGCUUAGACCUUACCCCUAUCUUUGAGUGGUCAUUUCCGAUAGACCCUCGGCUCAAGAAAAGCAUUUUUAAAUAAUUCAAUUGAUUGUUUGUUCUUUUGUAUUCCUCAUAUUUGAGGGUGUAACAUUCUUUUUGUCUCUGUGUUUGAGUUCAAAUCCUAUUCCCAUUACAUCUUGAUCUUGUGGUAGAAAGAC